ACUGUAAGCCAUUAGCACAGAAGAAAUUCUUCUUAGUAAUAUACUUACAGUAUUUGUAGCCCUAAAUGAUGUUGACUACUGACAGUUCACUGCCACGGAUUAUUUUAUGAUUUGGGGGAAAGAAAAAAAAGUUUUUUUUAUUUGUAAGAAUGUGAGUAGGUUAAAUAUUACAAGUUGCUAUUAAUAAUUUCAAGGAAAGAGCUCCAUGUGAAGUAAUGAAAUCUCUUACGUUACUGUAGUUUGGUUCACAGUUGUCACCAGGAAUGCAAAUCAUGAAAUUUGCCACUAGGUGUCCCUGCAAGCCAAAAUAGUUUUGUUUCCUUAACUACAUACUGCUUGGGUUUUUGCAGUCCGAAACAAUUGUUUUGUAAGCUACAAUUUUUUUCCCUCUCUUCUUUCCUUUUUUCUUUUUCAUGAAGUCUUCAUCCAGAUGAAUACAUGACCAGGUGUGUGUCUUGCUUUAUAAUUUGUGCGCUUUUUCAUAGCAGCAAAAGCUGUGAGGAGAGCAUAUACUUCCCACCCACAGCAGCUUGGAACUGAGAGUACAAAAGGUGACUUGAUCUUCUGGGAUGUCAGCAGAAAAAGUGGAUGGCGUUGUGGAUUAAUUAUAAGUUAAUUUUUAUUUUGUCUUCUCCAUACUCAUUGUGAAUAGUCAUCAUAAAAUGGAUGAUUUGGGCAGUCUCCGUCCUCCCGUGGCUGGAAAUGGUGAUAUGGCUAAUUCACAAGAAUUACAAAAACUUCUGAUGGAUGAAAAAAUCCGAUGUGAACACCAUAAAGCAAAUUAUCAAACCAUAAAAGCAGAACAUCUAAGAUUACAGGAGGAAUAUACAAAAUCACAAGAUGAACUGAAGCGGUUGUUAGUUGAAAAGCAGACUGUACAUGACAAAUUUCAGUUUUUUCUUGCUGAAUGUCGAGAGGAGUUGCUGAGUAAAACACAAGAGCUGGAAAAACUGAAGAUGCAGGUGCUAACUCCUCAAAAAUUAGAACUGUUAAAAGCACAAAUACAGCAGGAAUUGGAAUCUCCUAUGACAGAACGUUAUUGGAAGCUACAAAAUGAAGUGGAAAAAUACAGAACAGAAUAUAACAAACUUCGUUAUGAACAUACUUUUCUGAAAUCAGAAUUUGAACAUCAAAAGGAAGAACAUGCACGUAUUUUAGAAGAGAGGAAAAUAAAAUAUGAGUCUGAGAUUGCAAGGCUGGAGAAGGAUAAAGAAGAACUCCAUAAUCAGCUGCUGAGUGUUGAUCCCACGAGGGACAGUAAACGCGUGGAGGCACUCUCUAGAGAAAAGGCACAACUGUAUCAGAAAUUAAAAGGCUUAGAAGCAGAAGUAGCAGAACUGAGAGCAGAAAGAGACAAUUGCGGUGUGCAAGCAGAAAAUGUUCAAAGAGUACAAGUACGACAGUUAGCUGAGAUGCAGGCUAUGACAAGGUCUCUAGAGGCAGAAAAGAAGUCUGCUGAACUACAGAUUGAUCGAAUUGAGAAAGAACUGCAGAUGAGUCAUGAGCAAAACAUUCUCUUAACUAGCAAACUUCACAAAUCUGAACGAGAAGUCAAUGCCUUAGCUACUAAAGUAGAAGAACUUAAACAUUCACAUAAAUUGGAAGUAACAAAUGUCAAACUGGAGGCAGCAAGAACAAAGAGUGAGGUAGAAAGAGAGAGAAACAAGAUUCAAAGUGAAGUGGAUGGAUUGCUGUCAGACAAGGAAAUUCUUAAGGCAGCUGUUGAACGUCAUAAGGUGCUUUUAGUAGAAAAGGAUCGGGAGCUAAUUCGUAAAGUGCAAGCUGCCAAAGAGGAAUUUUUUGAAAAAAUUGCAGCCUUACAGGAUGAAAAGUUAGAACUCGAGAACAGAUUAGCUGAUCUAGAGAAGAUGAAAAUGGAACAAGAUACUUGGAGACAAUCUGAAAAGGAUCAGUAUGAAGAGAAACUACGUGUUGUACAGAUGGCGGAAGAAUCUAGCAAAAAGGAACUUCAGCGUUUGCGAUUAAAAAUUCAACAGCAAGCUAUUCAAACAGAGGAGUUGGAAGAAAAGAAACGUGAAAGUGCUGAUCUGAAACAGCAAGUUCAUGACAUGCAACUCCAGCUUGCCUCACUUUCCCAAUCAGAAAAUGAUUUGCUGGAGUCUAAUCAGAAGCUGAAGGAAAUAAUAGAGAGAUUGAAACAAGAAUGUCAACAUGCAAGGAUUUGGGCAGAAAAAGCUCAACUGGAAACAGAGAAGACUUUAGAAUACAAACGUAUAGAAUGGCUGGAGGAGAAGCAUGUGCUUACUCAGCGCAUCACAGAGAAAGAAGAGAAAUACAACCAAGUGAAGAACAAGCUAUGUCGAGCUGCUGUUGCUCAAAAAAAGAGAAAGACUCUCAAUGAUAAUAAACAAAGGAGGAUGCAAGAGAAGCUAGAACUUUUGGAAGCCAAGAUAGAAGAACUAGAAAAAGAAAAUCAGGUGUUAAAUAGGCAGAAUGUUUCCUACGAAGAAUAUGCACGCCUCCAGAAGAGACUAAAGGACUUGCAACGUAGGCACAAUGAAUUCCGGAGUUUAAUUCUGAAUCCUAACAUACCGUCACUCAAUCCAGUCAGUAUAAUGUCAUCGUCUGCCUUGCCUCCUGGUCCUGAAGUGUCCUUCCCCCUUCUUCAGGAGGAACAGCAUCAAAGAGAGCUUUCCCUGCUUCGCAAGCGGUUGGAAGAACUAGAAACCACACAGAGAAAACAGCUGCAAGAUCUUGGACCAUCUAGAGAGCGAGCAACGGUGGGUGCAUACAGGGACUUGGCUAGAACCAAGAUCGUUGGAGGUGGUGAUGCACAAAGCGAGGACUCCAAAUAAAAUCUGCAAACUCUACAUGCUGUUAGUUUUCAGUAGUUUCUCCUUUGUACAUGCUUUUAAUAUUUGGCCAAAAACAUGCUUGUAUGUGCCUGCAUAGCAUAAAAUAUAUUCUGCAUAGUUUUGUAUUUAUUUUUGAUAGGCUGUCAUAACUUAUCAAAUAUAAUGGUUCAAAACAAAAGCAUUGAACGAUUAACUACAUUUUAAAAUGUUUUUAUAUAAAUGAUGUAAAAUUAUUUGGAAGUCAAAGCAUAGGAAAUAAUCUCAUCACCUGAAACUUUAAAAAAACUUUUAUCAAGGUUUGGGUUGUGCUGACAUUUAAAAUAAAAAUUAAAAUAAACUUUUUUUUUGGUAAAUCCUUUAAAACCUAUUUGAUAAUAUCCUCUUAGUCCUUCAAUGUAGAAGUUACUGUAUCAGUGUGGAGUUUUGCUGGGUUGCUGUUUUGAUUAACAAUGCUGUAAUCCACAUUCGGAUUGUUAUUUUGAAGUUCCCAGGCAGACAGAGAGGAUGAAAUGAAACGUAGGAAGUGCUGGAAACUUUUAUUGGCUACUGUUGACAAUGUGCCUCUUGUAUUUUUGUAAUGGGAAUAACCAAUAAUAAGGUUUUUAAUAUGAUGUAGUCAAGAUCAAAUAUAAAGUGCCUUCACAUUAUGAAAAUGUAAGUUUUUAUUUGUUGCUACUGUAAUUUGUUUACUUAACUACAAUAAAAUUAUUUAUUCAAGGUUGAA